GCUUCAAGCUCGCGGGAAAAGCUGCCAACUGCCAACCAGCAGUCCAACUUAGACUCUAGUCGACUUCGGGCCGACUAUCGUUCGGUGUGCAGCAAUUUGCCGUAGUCUUGUGGUGCAGUGGUACAAAGGAAACCCGGAAGAUAUGCAGAGCUUGCGCAACAUCGGCGGCAGUCCGUACGAGGCGGCACCCCGUGGGGAUUCCUUCCGGAAGCUACGCGAUGGCUCCGGUUCCGGAUCAGGUGGGCUGAUGACGGUCAAGUUUGUGCUGAGUUGCUUGAUCGAUGCCGGCACGUUUCUGGUGCUGCUGGUACCGAUUCUGGUCAAGUACGUGGUAGGGUUGUUUGUUGGUCCACCGAAGAAGGACAUCCGCGGUCAAUUGGCCCUCGUGACGGGUGGCUCGAACGGGCUAGGUCGGGAGAUUUGCUUCCAGUUGGCACGGAAUGGGUGUCACGUGGCGGUCGUUGACCUGGACGCGGUUAACGGGGAGAAGACUGUCCAGGACUUGCACCAGCAGCACGGUGUGAAGGCGAAGUUCUACAAGGCGGACAUUUCCAGCUAUGAAUCGGUUCAGGAGCUGCGAAAGAGUGUCGAGAGCAGCCUCGGGCAGGUGGACAUUCUGGUGAACAAUGCCGGCGUGUUGCCGCUGAUGUCCGUCCGGGAAGGAACGCCGGAGGAUUUGAAGAAGGUGCUGGAGAUCAACUUGCUGUCCCACUUUUGGACCAUCCGAACCUUCAUCGACGGAAUGGUAUCGCGCCGAAAGGGUCACAUUGUGGCCGUUGCUUCGGCAGCCGCAUACCUUCCGCUGGGACGGCUGUGCGCCUACGUGGCGUCCAAGUACGGCGUCCGCGGCCUGAUGGAAGCCUUCAACGACGAGCUGUACUGUGACGGGCUGCAGAACGAGGUGUUCACCACGACCGUCUACCCGUACUUCAUCAACACCCGCAAGGACCUCAUCGACGCGCUGGACAAGGCCAACGUGCUUGGAAGGGUGCCCGUUUAUUCCGCCAAAACGAUGGCGCGUGCCAUCGUCGGAGGAAUGUUGCGCAACCGGCAGAACAUCUACGUUCCGAAGGCAAUGAAACCGGUCCUCAUUCAGUACGAGAACAUUCCAAAUGAGAUCAAAAGACUGGCGCGCAGAAUUAUGCUGAGAACGGAAAUACCCAAAUUGAUGAACUAGCUUCACCACUCGCAAGUGGGAAGUAUGCGUUCAAGUGUGAUAUUUAAAGUCCUGCGAAUCCAGUGCGCAUUUCCGGUAGUCGUUUUUGUUUGUUCAAACGUGAUUUAUUUGGAAAUUACAGGAAGUUGUCUUGUUUAAUUUCGCGUUAUUUUAUUUUUGACAUCUAUGAAUGCACUGGGAGGGCCUCGUGGCGCGGUGGUUAGCGGCUUUGGCUGCCGAUCCCUAAGUUGCUGUGGGGCGCGGGUUCAAUUCCCACCUUAUCCUCCUGGCCUUCUAUCGGAUGGGGAAGUAAAGAGGUUUUGGGUGACUCACCACACAUAACCUAGAGACGCCUAGCAAUAAGCAGAUACUUGCAACAGAGCCCAAAAAAGACCCGGGGGUCGUUAAAGUGGAUUGCUUUGCUUUUUGCUUUUUGCUUUUUGAAUGCACUUUCAAGCUUUUUUGAUUGUAUAUUUAAUAAACUAUUUCAGGUUGGCCUGGGUUCGAUGUCAGUCUGCCCCGGUGGCAUUUUACGAGACGAGAUUUGUCUUGUAGGAGUCGUCCCCAUUGGUAAAAACCAGUCUCAGUGGAGUCACUGGUCGGCAGUCUCGGGUGAAUGAGAGUCUAGGUUUUAAAAGAGGUUUGGAAUGCCUCACCGUUUCAAGUUUCAAGUUAAUGAACAAUUUGAUUUUUUUAAUUACUUGAUGCAUUUUAAAGUCGCAACAAAGUGUGAGAAUACAUAAUUUUGAACUUAACAAAAAAUAAUUUAAUUUAUCCUGUCAUAUAAAGUAGGGAAUAUCAGUUAAAAUAACAACCACAAUUGACAUGAGAAAAAUAAAUAAUUUAUAAAACAUUGACAAAGUCACAUGGAUCGUAAUUUGAAAUUCUUCUUUUCAUUGCUUUUUGAAAAUUCAAAAUUUGUAAAACUUUAGUUUUGAUAAUUUUCAGAUUAAAGCCCGUUUUGAUUGAAGCCUAUCAAAUUG